AUGGACUUAGAAUGGUUUGCUGAUGAUUGGCCAAUUGAUGAUAAGCCCACUGCAUCAAUUGAGCCCAAAUAUGAUUUUGAGGUUAACACCAUUGUUGAGCCCAAAUAUGAUAUUGAGGUUAAGCCCAUAAGGUCACUUGAGGCCAAAUGUGAUUCUGAAGCCUAUCCCAUUAGCUCAGUUGGGCCCAAAUGUAAUUUUGAAGCUGAGCCCAUUGCGUUAGUUGGGCCCAAAUGUGAUUUUGAAGCAAAGCCCAUCAAGUCACUUGAUCCCAAGUGUGAUUUUGCAAGAGAAAAAGAAGAAAAAAGGCUUGUGUGGACAUCUAAUGUAUUGAAAACUUACAAGGGUGCUGGACUACUUAACUUAGGGAACACAUGCUUUCUGAAUGCGGUAUUGCAAUGUUUCAUGAACAUAGUGCCACUGUUUGACCUCCUUCUGCAUAAAGCUCAUGUAGUGCCAUGUGAUCAUUUCUGUUUAAUCUGCAUUUUCAAAGAGCUUAUUGGCCUUUCAUUGGUUUAUGAGGCUUAUGAGGGUCGUUCUGUCUCACCGUGGAGACUUGUUGAGAAUUUGAUCUGUAUCCUUACUCGUUUUGUGGUCCUUAAAGUUGUGAAAAUAUCAGAUUUUACGUCUGGUUUCCAUAAGUAUGAGAAGGAAGAUGCUCAUGAAUUCUUGCAAUGCUUUCUCAAUAGGCUUGAAAGCCGAUGCAGUGACAUUGUCCAACAAGUUUUUUGCGUCUGUCUUGUCAGCAAGUUUUGCUGUUGCAACUGUGGCCACUACUCCAACACUUACGUGCCUCUCAUAGACCUGAGUCUGGAGAUCAAGGACGUCGACAACUUACAUUCAGCGUUGGAGUCAUUCACAAGAGUUGAGAAACUUGAUGAUCCAGAGAUCAAGUUUUCUUGUGAAAUAUGUAAUGUGCAAGUCUCAAUUGAGAAGCAGUUGAUGCUAUACAAUGUCCCUACCAUUUCUAUCUUCCAUCUGAAGAGGUUCCAGAACAAUGGUUCUGUUGAGCGGAAGGUUGACAAGCAUGUGUCAUUUCUGCUGGAAUUGGACUUGCUUUUUUACACCGAUAACAACCAAACAAUUAAUGAACAAAUAAAGUACGAUCUUUAUGCAGUUAUAGUGCACGCCGGGUCUAUAUCUAUUUCGGGACACUAUUACUGCUUCAUUUGUGCUGAACCAAAUGAAUGGUACAAAUUUGGUGACUCGAUGAUUUCUCGGGUUCACGAAGAUCUUGUUUUGGCAGAGGAAGCAUAUAUUAUGUUUUAUACAAAGAGAGACACCCUGUGGUUUUCAGAUUUUGUUGCACUACAAAAGCAUAAUGUGGACACUAUCCCCAAACUUUCUUUUUCACUCUCAAAUCAUCAUGCUUCCGAUAUUGUGGAUAAUGAAUUGAAGAAGACUGUGCAAACGUUUACUCCAGGACCGCCUAGUGCUAUUAACUCUUCAAAAGAAAACAACGCGUCUCAGGACAUUGGUGUGUUCGAAAGAAUGGCACCUUUGUUGCCCAAGUCACCAUCUAAAUCUCAAAGUACAGUAGGUAAACUCAUCUUCAAUUUCUAUUUAUUGAAUGUUACACCUACCAACUGUUUUGUUUGUAACAUCGGCAGAUCAGGUUUCUAG